UUUAUGGCUAUUCUGUCCCAAUGUGAACUUAAUUGACCCCAAGUGGACUUCCCCGUCAGCUUCAGCCAGCUGAACACUUGGCCUUCCAUUCUAUAUAUACAUCCACUCUUCCUCUCUAAAUUAUUCACUCUUCUUCAGCAUGCCUCCCCUCUACAUACUAUUCGGGCUUCUCCUCUUGUACACUCCUCUUUGGUGCUUCUCUGUAGCUGCAUAUGAAGAUUCUCUCACGGCAGGCCAAGCACUCGCCGUCGGUGGCAAGCUCGUCUCAAGAAACGGCAAGUUUGCCCUCGGCUUCUUCCAGCCAGCAGCAAGCGGCAUCAGUAAGUCGUCCCACAAUGCCACCUCCCCCAGCUCCAGCUGGUACCUUGGCAUAUGGUUCAAUAAGAUCCCAGUUUUCACUACCGUGUGGGUUGCUAAUAGGGAUCAGCCCAUCACUAACCCUAGUGUCAACCUAACACAGCUCAAGAUAUCAAGCGAUGGCAAUCUUGUCAUCGUAAACCAUGCCGCCAAAACUGAAUCCAUAGUUUGGUCCACUCACAUUGUCAAUAGGAAAAACAGUAGCAUAAACACCACCACCUCUAGCUCCGUUGUUCUCUUGAACAGUGGAAACCUUGCCCUACUCGUAAAUAGCCAAGAGAUGUUGUGGCAGAGCUUCGACUACCCAACAGAUAUCGGGCUUCCUGGCGCCAAGUUGGGCCGUAACAAGGUCACUGGUUUCAGUCGCCAGUACAUAUCAAAAAAGAGCCUCAUUGAUCUGGGUCUUGGCUCAUACAGCAUUGAACUAAAAGACACCAGCGGGAUUGUCCUCAAGCGCCGCAACAACCCCCUGGUAAAGUAUCUGACUUAUGCAACCACGGGAUCAUCAUCUUUGAUACCAGUACUCAAGUCAUUACUAGAUUUGGAUCCCCGGACCAAAGGUUUGAUUAACCCAAUAUAUGUCGAUAACAACCAAGAGGAGUACUACACGUACACUUUACUGGAUGAAUCAUCAACUUCCAUGUUUGUCUCACUAGACAUCUCUGGUCAGGUCAAACUGAAUAUUUGGUCACAAGCCAACCAGUCCUGGCAAACCAUAUAUUCUGAGCCUGCAGAUCCCUGCAGCCCACCUGCUACAUGCGGACCUUUCACGGUCUGCAAUGGCAUUGCACAUCCACCCUGUGACUGUAUGGAGAGCUUCUCCCAUAAGUCACCGCAGGAUUGGGAGUUUGAGGAUCGAACAGGAGGAUGUAUCAGAAACACACCGUUACAUUGCAGCACUAGUGGUAACAGCAAAAACAUGACAAGUUCAUCAGACAUGUUCCACCCCAUUGCUCAAGUUCAAUUGCCCUACAACCAGCAAAUAAUAGAUGUUGCUACCACUCAGAGCAGAUGUGAAGAAGCAUGUCUCGGUUCCUGCUCCUGCACUGCUUAUUCCUAUAGCAAUAGCAGAUGCUCUGUCUGGCACAGGGAAUUGUUUAGUGUAAAUCUGAAUGAUGGCAUUGAUAAUAAUUCUGAAGAUGUCCUUUACCUUCGCCUUGCCGCCAAAGAUUUGCUGCCAGGUUCCAGAAAAAAGAAAAGAAAACCAAACGUCGGAGUUUUUACUGCUGCAAGUAUUAUUGGUUUUGGGUUACUAAUGCUCAUGCUGUUGUUACUGAUUUGGAGGAACAAAUUCAAGUGGUGUGGUUUGCCUUUAUACGGCAAUCAAGGUAGUGCUGGUGGAAUUAUAGCCUUCAGAUACACUGAAUUAGUUAGUUCUACUAAAAACUUCUCAGAAAAGCUUGGAGGUGGUGGUUUUGGUUCUGUAUACAAGGGAAUGUUAAGUGACUCGACAAUUACUAUAGCAGUGAAAAAGCUUGAUGGUGACCGCCAAGGAGAGAAGCAAUUCAGGGCCGAGGUGAGCUCAAUUGGACUGAUCCAGCACAUAAACCUAGUAAAAUUGAUUGGUUUCUGCUGCGAAGGCAACCACAGAUUACUUGUGUAUGAACACAUGUUUAAUGGGUCUCUUGAUGCUCAUCUGUUUAAGAAGAGCAAUGUUGAUGCUGCCGUCCUAAGUUGGAACACCAGAUAUCAGAUAACCCUAGGAGUUGCUAGAGGAUUAUCCUACUUGCAUCAGAGUUGUCGUGAGUGCAUCAUACACUGCGAUAUUAAGCCGGAGAACAUACUUCUGGAUACAUCAUUUGUUCCUAAAGUUGCAGACUUUGGGCUGGCAGCGUUUGUGGGAAGGGAUUUCAGCCGAAUUCUGACUUCAUUCAGGGGCACUGCAGGUUAUCUUGCCCCAGAGUGGCUUACCGGAGUGGCAAUCACACCGAAAGUUGAUGUUUACGGCUUCGGCAUGGUUUUGUUGGAAAUCAUAUCUGGAAGGAGGAAUUCCUCACCUGAAGAAUCAUACAACGCUAGCAGCAGCGGUAACCAGAAUGUUAAAUAUUUCCCUGUCCAAGCCAUCAGCAAGCUUCACGGCAGAGAGUUGAAGAGUUUGGUGGAUCCACAGUUACAUGGUGACUUCAACUUGGAAGAGGCUGAAAGGGUUUGCAAAGUUGCAGGUUGGUGCAUCCAAGAUAAUGAGUUGGAUCGGCCGACAAUGGGUGAAGUGGUCCGGGUUCUCGAGGGUCAACAGGAGAUUGAUGUGCCCCCAAUGCCAAGAUUGCUUGCAGCUGUAACGGAACAAUCUGGUGCUCCAACUUUAAUGUAGUAAUAAUUGUAGUCGAUAUUAGUAGUCUUUGUUAAUUUCAGCAAUUUUCUUAAAGUUGUAUUGUUGAGAGGAAGGAAUAAAGGAAGGCAAGCUUGCAGUUGCUAAUUAGAUGUCUCUUAUUUAAGUGUUUUAAUGCCAAUUUUAUAUGGUAAACAAUCAUUGUAGCAAAAUAUGGCAGAGAUAGAAAUAUGUGCAUGGUUUGUUCUUUUCAGAGCCAGAAUGGGAACUUCAGAACUUCUAGUUGCAGUGCAGGAAUAGGUUACUAUUGGCAAGAUGGUAGCUAUGGGUUAAAUAAUUGUUUUCAAACUGUACCUAAUCAAACUGCAGCAGUUUCUGCAGUUCUGCGAGUAGGUAUUCUCAAACAGACCUGAAAGCCGUAGGUGGAUAUGAUCAAGAGACCUCAUCCGCUGUAUAAUCGCCUAGUAUUUUCAAAUUUCUGUGUGAUUUGUACAAUCCUUGACGAGCCAACCAUGGCAUCUUGGAUUUCAAUGUUGUGCUUGUCCUUUGUGGGGUGCCAGCUGAACCGACCACCUUUGGUGACUCUGAAAAGAGUGCACAUGCUUUCCUGUGACCCUAGCAUAGCCACGAUGACGAACAAGAUAACAAUCUUCAUGCUGCAAGUUUGUUUGUGAAGUUUCUUCGGCAGAGGUUGUGAGUUGGAAUCCUGGCUGAAAUGACACCAGCAGGAUAUGUCUAUGUUAGUCCGAAGUGUACCUAGGCUUCAGUAAGGUGACUACA